AUGGCAGCGAUCAGAGUGAUCUCUAAUACUACAAUCCAAGCUCGAAGCCAAGUUAAUAAUGGCGACUCACCUGAGCAAAUCGAGCUCAAUCCAUGGGACCUUCGUUUUCUACUUCUCGAGGGUGGUCAAAAGGGGCUUCUUUUCCACAAACCCACCAUGCCAUUACCACUAGUGAUCCAGCAUCUUAAAGAAACGUUUUCUUCCACCCUCGACUUCUUCGUGCCCCUCGCCGGCCGUCUUGCGGUCGUCCCACAUGGUGGUGAUGACGGCACCUCUUCCGUCUUUGUUAGUUGCAACAAUGCAGGAGCAAGCUUUGUUCAUGCUAUCGCAGAGAACACUACAAUUGACGACAUCCUCGAACCCACUUAUGUUCCUCCAAUUGUUGAGUCCUUCUUCCCACUUGGAAAAUCUAAGAACUUUGAAGGAACUCAUGUACCAUUAAUGGCGGUUCAAGUUACAGAGCUUGUGGAUGGCAUCUUCAUUGCUUUCUCAGUGAACCAUUGUGUUAGUGAGGCGAAGCCGGCCUUGGAUUUCAUGAAUACAUGGGCUCAGAUUAGCCGAAAUGGUUUGAACCCCAUAGAGUCAAAUUUGAAGCUCGCUUCGUUUGAACGAUGGUUUCCCCAUGGUAACAUUGAACGUCCUAUACGAAUACCUUUGAGAGAUAUAAUGGAGAAAUAUGCUGAUGAAUAUGCUAGCUCUCUUCACCCACCUCCAAUUUCUAAGAGGAUCUUUCACUUCAAAAGGGAAAAUAUUACUGAACUCAAAGCAAAAGCUAACUCAGAAGUAGAAGAUGGUAUUCUAAGCAACAAAAUCUCCUCUCUGCAAGCUGUUAUCAGCCAUGUUUGGAGGUAUGCAAUCAAAAAUCUACGUCUUGAUCCCGAAGAAGAAGUGCAUUACAGCAUCCUCAUAACUGCCAGACCUAGAAUUUCAAACCCACCUAUUCCAGACAACUAUUUUGGCAACACAGUGCAAUUUGCUACCGUGACGAUGAAAGUAAGGGACUUGGUGGGAGUGGGAGGUCUUGGGAAGUUUGCUUUGGAGAUGAACAAGGUGAUCUCAUCAUACACAGAAGAAAAGAUCAAGAGCGACUUUGAAGCUUUGAUCCCAAAUCCAACCAUCAGUUUACAAAGUGGCAACUUUGGGAAGGUAAUGCAUACUGGUGGCAGCCAAAGAUCCAACUUUUACACUAUUGACUUCGGCUGGGGAAGGCCUUUGGCGCUUCGUCGAGGUCCAGCCUUUAUGUAUGAUUGGGACUUAGUAGUUGAUGCUGGAGCAGAAGAAGAUAGCUUUGAUAUUGAGCUUUGUAUCUCCUAUGAAAUAUUAGAACUUAUGGGAAGGGAUCCCGAGUUCAUGCAUGCGGUGUCGUCUCCGCCGCCCCCGCCGCCUCCUCCUCCUCCGCCAUUGCCAACAGGUCGACUGUGA